UUUAAUUAACUGACUGAUAAAACACACUAAACAGAACUUGAAAACCACAUUUUAGACUAUACAUUUUUUCAUACUACUUAUUUAAAUACAAUAAAUCAGUUUAAUCAAAUUGGAAAAUGGAAAUUAAAAAGUAAAAAAGCACAAGCAGGCCAAAUUAGAAAAUAAGCAUUUUUAGCAGAUGUUUAGAUGAAGAGCAACAGUUAGAUGAGGAUAAAAUAUUGCUGCCCACCUUGCGUCCCCCGGGAAACAGAACGUGAUGUGACCACCAACAUGAAUGCGCACGUCCAGCCAGACAACAGCGUGCGCGCCAUAGAAACGGGGCUGAGCGUCUAUAGACGUGCAGCACAUUUGAGAAGUGCACUCAAGAGCAGAUGCACGAGCUCUGUGGUCAGUCAAUACAUCACCAGUCGCGAACUCACAACUUAUGAGUUUUUACCUUUUUCCGACAAGUGCUUGGUAACAAUUUAAACCUUUUUUUUUUUUUUUACAAAGAACAUUUAUCAAAAACAUUUAAUACGAGACUAAAAUGCCAGAGCGGAUAAACUGCGGAUAUCCUAAAACCUUGGAGUUUUGGAAGUGACAUUUUAAGUUUAGACCUGCACUGGAUGACUCAUUCAUCUCAUUUUUGGACUUCACAUAUCGGAUUUGGACAACAAUCUUUGGAUUUGACUCAGAUCUCGUUUAUCAUGACUGAUUUAAAUAUGUGUUAAUGGAUUACUUUCCCACAUCCCUGCUACAUCGUUUAAAGCUUGUCUAGUUUUAGGAGCGCACUCAGUUUUAAGAUCUGGCCAUCCCAUCUGCAGCAUCUCGCCGGUAUGGUGCGCUUAUUGAACUGCCUCUUAUUGGCGUAUCUGACGUGGAAUCUGCAGAUAUCUGAUGCCCGGGGUGAGUACUGCCACGGCUGGCUGGACACCAGUGGGAAUUACCACGAUGGUUUUCAGUGUCCGGAGGAUUUUGAUACUUUGGAUGCGACUGUGUGCUGCGGGAGCUGCGCGCUGCGCUACUGCUGCGCGGCCGUGGAUGCGCGCCUGGAUCAGGGAACGUGCACGAAUGACAGAGAAGUGGAGAAUAACACUCAAUAUGCUGCCCAGCCCAUCUACGUGCCCUUUCUAAUGGUGGGCUCCAUCUUUGUGGCGUUCGUAGUUGUCGGUUCUCUGGUGGCCGUGUAUUGCUGCACCUGCCUGCGACCCAAACAGCCCACUCAGCAGCCAAUCCGCUUCUCGCUCCGCAGUCAGGGCGAGACCAUUCCCAUGAUCCUCACUACGGCCCCGCCCAGCCUACGGACGCCAUCGCGACAGUCCAGCACAGCCACCACUAGUUCCAGUUCAGUGGGGUGCGGGAGCUCCAUCCGCCGUUUCUCCCUGGGCCGGGUCGAUGCACUGGGGCAGUGUUCUCAGCAGCAACAGCUCCUGGUGGUCUCAUCUUCCUCAGCCUCGACUCCAGUAUCGGUGGCUCCAACCCAAUCCCUGCUGCCCCCACCCCCUCCGCCACCCUACAACUCCCAACAGGGCAUGCAUGGCAGUAACUCUCUCCAGCACCCACACAGCCACGGUCAGUUGCACCUGCACCACCAGAGCCUACACCCAGCGCAGAGCUCAGGGUAUCUCCUGUCACAACAGUACUUCUUUCCUCUGUCUCAAGAACCUUUUACUGGGAACAAGAGCUUUGCUGACUUCGGCCAGAGCUGACCUGGGGCUGGUUGGUCACGGGGAAAUGCUUAAAAAUGGAGGUAGACACCAAAGAGCCAGUCGUGCACAAUGGUGUUGUUGUAGACUCGUAUUACAGGCCAUAAUACAUCUUUCAGCAAGCAAGAUUGGCACUUGUGAGACUGCAUCUGGAAUUUAAGAGAGCGGUGUGGGUGCGUAUGAUAGUGGAGCACAAGGUGUGGAUUUACAGGAGAGCAAAUAAUGAACUGUUGGCUUGAAUCUGACAGACAUACAAGUCCUGGAUGCCUACUUCAAAGCACCUAUGCCUACUAUUCAUCAUAUUUCUUAUGCACUUUUGAUCUGUGUACAUGAUAAAGACUUCUUAUGUUGAGAAAUACUGGUCUUAUGUGACUUGCUGGAGCAUCAAUACACAAUAAAAAAUGGUAAACUUGACAAUCUCAGCCCCAUUUUUAGGGUAGGGCACAGAAUAGUGCCAUUUAUAAAUGGUGAAUUUCUAGGUAUACUUGUUUGUAUUUUCUCAUAGAUUGGGACAAAGAUUAUUUUGAAAAAACACGGAACGUCCUUGUCGUUUAUUAUCCAUGCUUUAUAAAUGAACAUCUACAGUGAGCCACUUCACAUUCUGUACAUAACUUCAAAUGAAUUACAUGCACAGCUAUCGCCAUAACAGUUUCUAUAUUAAAUGUUUGAGGAACGUUCUGGUAAAAGCUUGUUUAAAUUUUGUGUCACAAUUUGAAAGCCAUUUUGACAGAUUACAUUGGUUAAAGAGUUUGUAUUUGUUAUUUUUGAUGGGCGAAGUUUUGUAAAGGGCUGUUUGUUUAUAAGUAUACAGAACACCUGGAAUGACAUCAUGUGGGCCAGAGGAGACCUUUAACUAAGUAUUAAAUUCUCUAACCAACAGUGUUUUCAAGUUAAAUUAAACCUAUUUUUAUCUUUCACCUUUGGUUCUUUUGUUUAAUUACUCCAUUACAGUUUUUGGUGUAUUAAGGAAUAAAAAAGCAUAUUUGUGACAGAUUAAAAGGAAA